AUGAAGUUGGGGUUAGCGUAUUCUGUGGGGACGGCCGUUCUGCUUGGAUCAGCAGUCAGCUAUGCACAGUGUCCUGAUUACACGACAUAUGCAGAGACUCCUCAAGGUAACCUUUCUAUAGGACCAUUGGCGUUACCAUACAUGAGACCGGUUCCUGCCUGUCGCACGUUCAAUAGCUCUGCUGUGGAGGAUGUGAUCAGCAACAUGACCGCUCGUUUGAGAGAUCCUGAUCUCGCGCGUUUAUUUGAGAAUUCAUUUCCCAACACGUUGGAUACCACUGUCAAAUACUUCAAUGCUACCGAGAAUCUUGCAUUUAUCAUUACUGGAGAUAUUACUGCACAAUGGCUGAGAGACACAGGAAACCAAUUCGCCCAGUACCAUUCAUUGCUCUCUAUGGACCAGGAACUCGCCACCCUCGUGAAGGCUGUGAUAAACAACGAGGCACGAUAUGUAUCCCAGUAUCCAUACUGUGGCGCAUUUCAACCUCCUUCUGAAAGUGGGCUGAGCCCAACAGUGAACGGCUAUGCGAUCGACGUUCUUGUUAAUCCACCAGUUGACAACCAAACCGUAUUCGAAUGCAAGUACGAGCUUGACUCUCUAUGCUCGUUCAUGAAACUGUCGAGAUCAUACUACCAGGCGACAAACGACUCUUCGUUCAUAAACGAUGAAUGGAACUUGGCAAUCUCACAGAUCCUCCGCGUCAUUUACGAGCAAUCUCAAGCGACGUUCGAUGACAACUUCGAUCUGGUGUCGUAUUACAACUGGACAGGCACGGCUGGUUCUCUAUCGCCAGCUGUCAAUAAUGGAGGGAACGGGGAACCGAAGGCGUACACGGGUCUGGUCGGCACAUCUCAUAGACCUUCUGAUGACCUCAGUACAUUCGCCUACUUGACCCCUGCAAAUGCAAUGCUCACAGUGGAGCUGAACUACCUUGCGGACAUUCUUGACUCUGUAGGGCAAGCGAGUAAUGUCAGUCAGCUGGCUCGGUACUACAGCAGUGUUAUCAGCGAUGCUAUAUGGAACACUACGCUGGUCAAUAAUAUUUUUGCAUACGAGACGAACGGGUUCGGGGGCAGAUAUGUGAUGGAUGACGCGAAUGUGCCGUCAUUGCUGUCGCUACCCUACCUGGGUUUCUUGGACAUGAACCACCCGGCAUAUAUUGCGACGCGUCAGGUGCUUUUGUCGCGUGCUAAUCCUUACUACGUCGUUGGGCAGAACUUCAGCGGUAUAGGAGGACCACAUGAAGAUGCUUGGAACCCAUGGCCCAUGGCUUUGGUCUCCUCUAUCUACGGUACGGAUAACGACGAAGAGAUAAUACAGAAUUUAUACCUCAUCACCAAUAACACGGCCGGCCUUGGCCUCAUCCACGAAUCUAUCGACAUAUACGACUCGACGUACACACGUCCGUGGUUUGCAUGGGCGAACAGCUACUUCUCCGAGAUGAUGCUGGAUCUUGCUAGCCGCAAACCCCAUCUCAUCUUUACCGACGGUCAACCUUACAUCCCAGGCCGAUGA